AUGAAGUUGGAAAAUCUACAAUUUAUUAGUUUGUCCAGGAACAAGCUGUCCGGUCCGAUUCCUGAGAAUCUCGAAGGCUUGAAAAAGAUGACGAAAACACAAAAUCAGACAACCAUCUUAGGUUAUUAUUACUCCCUCAAGUUCACUGGUGCGCAGUUAGAAAUAGUCACCAAAGGACAGACGCGAUUUCUUGUGUCAGUGUAUUCCUACAACACUGGAUUCGAUGUCUCAAGUAAUGCUCUUACUGGUAAAAUCCCUGAGAAAAUCGGCCUUUUAAAUGGAAUCCCAUUCCUGAAUCUCUCACAUAAUAAUCUUACCGGGCUGAUCCCAAAGACUAUUGGUGAGAUGAUUUCACUCGAGUCAUUGGAUCUCAGUUACAACCAAUUAACAGGUGAAAUUCCAGUGACAUUGGCAACGUUGGAUUUUCUCGCGUAUCUCAACUUGUCUUAUAACAAUUUGAGCGGACGGAUUCCUACCAAUCCACAUUUUGACACUCUACAUCCAGACGGAACAGCAUAUAUCGGAAACAGAUACUUAUGUGGUUCUCCUGAUGGGCUGAACUGCAGAAUAUCCGGUGUAUUUAUGCUGUUAUAUUUGAUAGAUGACAAUUGGAGGAAUAGAAUGAAGCUUACACCAGGUAAUGUCUUCUUUACGAAUAAUUUAGUUCAAGGGGUACAAGUAGAACAGAAAGUUUUCCUUAUAUUUGCUACUCUAUUUUACCCUUUUUUGCUCAUUGGUGGUUGUCAUGAAGGAGAAAGAGCAGCCCUAAUGAGCUUCAAAUCCUUGCUGACUGAUCCAUCUAAUCGGUUAUCUUCAUGGAAGGGCGAAAACUGUUGCGAUUGGAAAGGAAUCAAGUGCUCGAGUUCAGGUCAUGUUGUAGUUGUCAAUCUCCGGAAUCCUCAUCCGAAUGAAGUCAUGAUCAAUGUCAAUAAGGAAGUUGUUUCAGAUUCUAACGAGUCCGAUUUUGCCCUUAAAGGUACUAUAUCUCCAUUGCUCUUCACUCUUGACCAUAUCCAAUAUCUCGACCUGAGUUUCAACAACUUCAUGUUCUCAAAGUUACCUGUUGAGAUAUCGAACUUAACAAAGUUGACUUAUCUCAAUCUGUCGAAUUCCAUGUUUCAAGAUUCCAUCACCACACAGUUCUCAAACCUUACAUCUUUAAGGUCUCUUGAUUUAUCGUGUGCUAAUUUAGUACCCGAUUUGUCUUCUAUUACUAUUAGCUUGACAUUACCACCAAAGUUAGAUUCUGGCUCACUGUUAUCUUUUAUAAGCUAUGGAUAUCUGUCUAGUACGAAUCUAAGGUGGUUAGAAGGACUCCGGCGUCUCAGAUAUCUAGUAUUGACAGGUGUUAAUCUAUCAAAGUGCUCGGAAUCAUUUCAUUGGGCUAAACCAAUAUCAAGUCUUUCAAAUCUCAUGUCACUUCAAUUGUCCAACUGCAACAUUUCAGGAAGAAUUCUGACAGCACAAUUACUUAAUCUUACUAGUCUUUCUACUCUAGAAAUGAGAACGUUCUAA